UUUACUUUCUCCAUAUUUGCUACCGAAGUGCUGCCAAAUUUUCUACAUUGUUUGUGUGAGUGAUUUGUUUGACACAUUUCCAACUUCAAAACUCGUUCUACACUAUCAAAAUCAGGUAACUUAUGAACUUUUGUAAUUCGAGUUCUAGUGGUGAAUUUUAUUCUCCUCUCACCCUUUCUGAUUUAGAUUUAAGCCAUCUUAAAGAGGUUAGGGUUAAGAGUGAAAGUGAUAUUGAGCGUGAGUUAGAGUUUUUUGAAGAUGCUGACUACAUCCCUCCCCCUAUUCCGUGCAGUGAAAGUUACGAGACUGAGGAAAUGUCUUCUGAGGAAACAUUGAGCAUUGGGGGGAACGAGGAAGUAAGGAUGUUGGAGUACAGUGAUGUCAGCAUUGAGGGUGAAUCGUCUAGGUUUGAGCGGAUAGAGGGAGGGGUAGGGAGAAAUGAGGUAGUUGAGGUUGGGGCAGAAGAGGUGCUUGUCAAUAUAUUGGAAGUGGGAGAUAGGAUGGAUAAGUGUUAUGAUAGUGGGGCAGACAUUGUGUCUGAGCUCCGGAGUAGGGAUAGCCUGAGUUAUCUCGUAGAAAGCUAUGAGAUCUCUUCUAGAGUGUUAAUCAAGCCUGCUGGAGUGAAAGAAAGGGCAUGCUCUGCACCCAAGGAUCACUAGAUGCCAAUGUAUGCCCAUUACUUGGCAGCAGGGCUUAGGUUUCCUUUACCUGAUUUGUUAGUGUGGUUGCUAUUAUAGUAUAAUGUAAGUUUAACCCAAUUAUCUCCCAAUGUAGUGAAGGUGAUAAUUGGGUUUGUAAUUUAUUGUCGAGCUAAGGGAGUUAGGGUGCCCAUAGUAAACGUGUUUAAGCACU